AUGAUCAAAUCAAUUCUCGCCACAUUAAUCUUAUCCCUCCUCUACCUCAUUCGACCUUCUCUGGCAUUACAAUCAUGGUACACUGCACCUGGAUCUGUUCCAGCGGGUAGCGUUGCUGGAGAUAAAGUACGAGGAGUCAAUUUGGGAGGAUGGUUCAUCCUGGAAAAUUGGAUGAUGCCUAGUUUCUUAGACGUGGAACCUAUACAAAACACUUACAUCAACGACGAGUGGAACUAUUGCGCAGUUCUAGGUAAAGAAGAAUGUUUGACACGUCUUGAAGCUCAUUGGGGAUCAUAUAUUACCGAAGAUGAUUUCAAAAGAUUCGCAAAUUAUUCUUUGAAUACAGUUAGAAUCCCGAUGGGAUAUUGGUCUUGGACUGAUCCAGAGGAAUUUGAACCCUAUAUUCAAGGUCAAUUACCAUAUCUUGAAAAAGCAUUGGAAUGGGCAAGUUGGUAUGGCUUAGAUGUAAUGCUGGAUUUACAUGGUUUACCAGGUGGUCAGAAUGGUCAAGACAAUCAAGGAUACAAAGGCCCAGUUGAAUUUCAAGCUAAUUCUACAAAUAUGGAAAGAGCAAUGGAAGCAUUAGCGAACAUGACUGCUUUCGUGACUCAAGACAAAUUCGACGGUGUCGUCAAGGCAAUUGAACUCACCAACGAGCCAUACAUCUUGGAGUACAGUGCGAAUGGAAUGGAUUUCAACGUUCUCGCCGAUUUCUACGUGCAGGGAUAUCAAGCUGUCCGAGAUAGUGAACAUAUCUUAUCUGGUUCGAAUGAAGUUAUGGUAGUUAUCCAUGACGCCUUUCAACCGGUAUUGAAUUGGAAGUACUUUUGGUCCGAAGCAAGUUUAGGUUUGAACUGGACAAAUUAUGCUUUAGAUACACACAUUUACGAUGCUUUUGGUGGAUCCAAUCUCAAGACUUAUCAAGAACAUCUCGACACCAUCUGCGCUCAAUCAGCAGCUAUCGCUGAAGCUCAAACUUAUUUCCCUGUCAUCGUUGGUGAAUUCUCGUUGGGAACAAACACUUACUGUGUGGAUUAUCAAUCAUGUUGGGGAAUAACAUUAGAUCAGAUGAUAUACAAUAUAACAUCAUCAUACGAAGCUAAUCUAUUCAUGCGACAAUUUUGGGAAGUUCAAAGUAACGUAUAUGAGCUAGGUGCAGGAUGGAUCUUUUGGUCAGUUCAUCAUGAACUAGCUGGACCAUGGAGUUGGACGCAAUCUGCUGCUCAAAACUGGUUACCUGAAGAUCCAACUGAAAAGAUAUGGCCUUUCAACUCUACCGCCUCUUGGUCUUGUUUAGAUUUAUCAAAUCCUUUACAAGGAGAUCAAAAUAUGCCUUACUUCCCUUCUUACGCUAAUCCAUACACGAACAUUGAUAUAUCAACUGUAUCAAGAAAAUUCGCUGCUGUUAACGAAACAACUACCCAAUCAACAAAUUCAUCUUCAACAACCGGUGUGACUACUUCAGGUGAUUUACCAAAUUCAAAUUCAUCUUCAUCUUCAACCAACGGUACAUCUACCUCAUCUGUUAAAAGCGCCGCGUCAAGUCUGGGUCACAGUAUGUCAAUAGGAUCUAUAAUGUUUAUUUCGAUAUUUUCGGUUUUCUUCACUGUAUGA